CGUUUCCUUCUUAUAUCUCUGCAAUGCAGUUAUGCUCAAUAGUAAUACUGCAGCACUUUCAACAUCAGGUUGACCACCUCCAUUACUAGUCCUCGCAAUAUUCUUCAAUUUACUCGGUGCCUUAUUACCCAUCUCAAUUAAUUCAAGAUCACUCUUAUAUCUCAUCUAAACCAACACGUUGAAAUAUUUUCACCCACCCAUUAUAUUUUCUUAUCUAUCCCAGGUGUGUCCUUUCUUCUUCAUUCCAGGGAAUGAGGGUUUUGCGAACCCUUGAGGUCUGGAAACUGGGAGUAGUCAACUAUUUGGAUGCAUUAAAACUGCAGGAAAAGCUGGUCUUGGAUAGAAAAUCUCAUAUUAGAUGUGAUACUCUUCUGUCUUUGCAACACCCACCUACAUACACUGUUGGCAAAAGGCAAACUGUUCACAAUUUAUUAAUCCCCCAGUCCGAUCUGGAACAAAUUGGAGCUGAACUUCACUACACACAACGGGGAGGGGACAUUACAUUUCAUGGUCCACACCAAGCCAUUUUAUAUCCUAUUAUAUCACUUCGUGACAUGGGACUUGGUGCUCGAAGUUUUGUAGAAAAAAUUGAGUUAACUAUGAUUGAACUGGCAGCUUUAUAUGGUGUGAAAGCUUGUCCUGGACAAACUGGUGAGACUGGGGUUUGGGUUGCAGAAAGGAAGAUAGGUGCAAUUGGUGUUCGGAUAUCGAGCGGAAUCACUUCUCAUGGGAUGGCAUUUAACAUUGAUCCUGAUUUGACCUACUUUAGGUACAUUGUUCCCUGUGGUAUUACAGAUAAAGAAGUGACAUCUUUGAGAAGGGAGACAAAUGUUGUCCUUCCUGCUGAAGAAAUAAUACAGGAGCAGUUGAUUACUUGUUUUGCAAGAAUCUUUGGUUAUAGUAACCUGAUAUGGAAGGAGGAUGCUUCAAUAUUUUCUGAUAAAAAUGAAAUUGAAUGAGAAAGCUA